CGGCGUAGAGUCAAAAAACCAAAAACCAUCAAAAACACGUGCGACGUGCUCACAGCGGUUGCUGCUCAUGAAUGGUCAACGUCAGACGUGAGAGAAAAUAGUUACAAAUUGGUGUAUUAGUGAUCCUAAGAAGCAUACUGUGAAAGUAGAAGAGAUACCGUUUCUAUACUGCACUGAAAAAUGACGGGAGACGACACAUGGACGCCUCCCACAGAGGCAGAACUCAAGGUGUACGAGGCCCGGCGCGAACGGAUGGAUAAGAUCAGCAAAAUAAUGGGCGAUUAUUUACUCAAAGGCUACAAAAUGCUGAGUGACCUGUGCGACGUGUGUGAGACGAUUCUCAUGGAAGACCGCCAGGGUAACACCUACUGCAUUGCCUGUUGCGAAGUCGAUACGACAGAAAAUGUGAAAGAUAAUCCAGUUUUCUCCGAAGCAGCCGCCCGUCGCCUCGUGGAAGAAUCUCAGUAUGCGACGGAAUCCCGUGACAGCAAUGUCGUUAAUGACAGGCACCCGUCACCACCAUCUGCACCUCUGCAUCAGUGUACAAGUUCUGCACUUCCGCAGAGUAACAGUCUGCCACCUAAAGAGACUGACUGUGCGCCGGCGUUACCAGAAAAACGUCCUCGAAGGACGACAGAUGAAGAAGGCGAUCAUCUAGAUGUGGACAGCACGUUGCGGAGCGUGCGGAACAAAAUGACGUGGGCGUCUCGAGAGCUUGAAGGCUGCCAGAGCAUCGAAGUGUGUAUACAGUUAUGCAACUUAAUCAAGGCUUGCGCAGAGACUAUGGUGACGUUAGGCAAAACAAAGCAUGGAGCGUGCACUGUAGAAUAACCGGAGGUUUCUGUACAUAAAAUGUUUCAAUGUUCUACGGA